AUGGCCUCCUCCUCCUCCACUCCUCUCCACAUCGUCGACCAAGAUAACGACGAAUUUGAUUGGGAGGCGGCAGUGAGGGAGAUUGAUGUGGCCUGUGCUCAAACCACAACUUCUUCUACUAAUUAUUGUGCUAAUAACGGUUCUAAUCACGUAAUUAAUGGCAAAAUCCCUACUUAUACUUCUUCAAAUCCGAGAAUUCAAGAAACCCACAAAAAAUCAGUGCCCAAUCAGAGCAAUUUUGCUUAUUUUGCUUCUUCUUCCCGGCAAUUGACUCUAGAUAGGUUUAUUGGGAUUGUUCCCAGAAACUCCAAUGGGCACCAGAGGGAAAAGCACUGCAAUGGGUUUUUAAAAAACAAGAAUAAUAAUUUUAACAGUAAUUGUCAGAUUAAUGUUGGUAAUAGUGGUGAGGGACAGAAGGGGCAAGCUGAAGAUGAAGAAGAAAAUGUCGGCUUUGUCAAGAUUGAUCCUGAGGCAGCUAAGACUUGGAUUUACCCAGUUAAUAUCCCUCUUCGUGACUAUCAGCUCAAUAUUACGCGGACUGCUUUGUUUUCCAACACUUUAGUGGCAUUGCCUACUGGGCUUGGGAAAACUCUUAUUGCUGCUGUUGUAAUGUAUAACUAUUUCAGAUGGUUUCCAGAAGGAAAAAUUGUAUUUGCAGCUCCUUCUCGACCACUUGUACUGCAACAAAUUGAAGCAUGCCAUAAUGUUGUAGGAAUACCACAGGAAUGGACUAUUGAUCUGACAGGUCAAACAAGUCCCACAAGAAGAGCAGACCAUUGGAGAAGUAAACGAGUUUUUUUUGUUACUCCCCAAGUUCUUGAGAAAGAUAUUUAUUCUGGUUCAUGUUUGGUGAAGCAUCUUGUCUGUUUAGUGGUUGACGAGGCUCAUCGUGCAACAGGCAACUAUUCGUAUUGUGUUGCAGUUCGUGAGUUGAUGGCUGUUCCUGUGCAACUCAGAGUAUUGGCUUUGACUGCAACACCAGGAUCUAAGCAGCAGACCAUCCAGCACGUAAUCGAUAAUCUUCAAAUAUCAAGACUUGAAUACCGAAGUGAAAGUGACCCUGAUGUGAUUCCUUACGUGCAUGACAGAAAGAUAGAGCUGAUUGAGGUUGCUAUGGGCAAUGAUGCGGUUGAAAUAAAUAAUUUGAUCUUGGAAGUAAUACGCCCUUAUGUUGCUCGGCUUUCUGCAAUUGGGGUACUUAAAAAUAGAGAUUGCCAGACGUUAAGCCCAUGUGAUUUACUCAACUCGAGGGACAAAUUUCGGGAAGCACCACCAGAAAACCUGCCUCAUAUUAAGUAUGGAGAAGUUGAAGGAUAUUUUGGUGUACUCAUAACGCUGUACCACAUCAGGAAAUUGCUGUCUAGCCAUGGUAUAAAGCCUGCAUUUGAGAUGCUUGCAGAAAAAUUGCAACAGGGGUCUUUUGCACGUUUUAUGAGUCGGAAUGAAGUUCUUCUAAAAGCAAAACUUCUAAUGCAGCAAAGCAUAUCUCAUGGAGCUCCUAGUCCCAAAUUGUCAAAAUUGCUGGAAGUCUUGGUGGAUCAUUUUAAAAUGAAAGAUCCACUUGAGUCAAGGGUUAUAAUUUUCUCAAAUUUCAGGGGAAGUGUAAGGGAUAUAAUGAAUGCAUUAAAAGACAUUGGGGAAUUUGUAAAAGCUACUGAGUUCGUUGGUCAGACUUCAGGUAAAGCAUUAAAGGGACAGUCACAAAAAGUUCAACAAGCUGUUUUGCAGAAAUUUAGAGCUGGUGGGUACAAUGUCAUUGUUGCAACUUCAAUUGGUGAAGAAGGUUUAGAUAUAAUGGAAGUUGAUCUUGUUAUAUGCUUUGAUGCUAACAUCUCACCAUUGAGAAUGAUUCAGCGAAUGGGCAGAACUGGAAGAAAGCAUGAAGGACGAGUAGUUGUUUUAGCUUGUGAGGGGUCUGAAUUAAAGGGCUACAUGAGGAAACAAGCCAAUAGCAAGGCUAUUAAGAAGCACAUGAGAAACGGGGGAGCAAAUAGUUUCCAAUUUCAUUCAAGUCCGAGGAUGAUUCCGCAUGUUUUCAAACCAGAGGUCCAGUUUGUAGAGCUUUCAAUUGAACAGUUUGUUCCACGUGUAAAGAAAGUGAAUGAUGAUGACCAGCCAAUCCAGUCGCCUGCAUAUAAAGCCAAGUUAACAGAUGCUGAGAAUGACUUACUAUCUAAAUAUUUCAGCACCACCAGGGAAAACACUUGGAAACCAUCACUUAUUGCCUUUCCUCAUUUCCAAGCAUUUCCGUCCAGAGUACACAAAGUGCUGCAUUCAUUUAGGACAGGGAUUCUAAUAGAUGCAAUGCAAUGUUUACAAGGAUUACCAUUUUCUACAUGCAGUACAGCUGUUAAAGUUGAGGAUAGUGCCUCUCCAGAACCAUGCUCAGCAAGUGAAGCUCUUGAACAGUGUAAUGGCAAAAUUAAAGAAACAAGCACUUCUGGGGACUUUCCUAUAGAGGAUUGCAUAAGAGAAGUUUCACUGGCUAGUUUAGAGCCCAAAGAGGAUUUAAGAACUAGAGAGGAUUCCUAUGCGCUAGGUUCUCAAGGUUCUCAAUGUAAAAACUUGGUCCAUUCCUUUCUCUUCAGCUCUGGAUUGAUAUCUGUAGAUGAUCUUGGGACAGUACAGGUUUUAUCUGUGUCACAAUUUCCAGUGAAAGAAGUUCUGCUUUCUAAAAUUAUGACUACCGGCAGAGCAGCUCCAUUCUAUCAUCUGAAACAAAAUAUUGCAUGCAUUGAUGCUUCCACUGAUGUAUGCGAAGAACGUGUGGGGAAUGCAAAAGAUGAUUCUAUGUCCCAGAUAAGAUCCAGUCAAGAUGACAAAGAUUGUGCAUUUAAAUUAAACAGCUGUAAUGCAUCAGGAGAAAAAACUUUAGGAGAGAUUAUUCUUGAGACUCCAAUUCCCAAGCCAAUGUCAGAUGGAGGUGAGAGUAUUAAUAAUAGUCCUGAAGAUAGAGCACCUAUGUUGUUUGCUGCUGAGGCCAAUGAUGAUCCAAUGGACGUUGAGUUUAGUCCCAGGCUUACUAACUUUAUGGAGUCCGGUAUUGUUCCAGAAUCUCCUAUAAGCAGUAGUGGAAUGCCUGAGAUUCAAAGAGAUGAUAUUAUGGUACCAGAUCUUGUUUCAACCCCCAUGGUCCAUGCACAGUCAGUAGUGAAGUAUUUGGGGCAGAAUGAAAUUAAUGUCACUUCUUCGCUGACCAAUGAUAUUUCUGCAAAACAAAUGAAGAAUAGUACUCCAGCAAGCAAAUUUAGAACUCCAACUGUUGAUGAAUGUCGAUCUCCUUUCAUUAAAUCACCAGACAUUGGCUUUAGCAAAGACUGGCAAUUGAAUCCUGGAGGAAAUUCACAUGGUGUUAAACAAAGACGCAAGUUUAAAAGAUUGCGCAAGCAUGGAGAUCUCUGUAGGGUUAAGCCUCAGGAUUGCAAAGAACAGACAAGUGGCCCCACCAGAAACUUCACAAGUUCUUCUGUUGGUGCAGAUGAUGGUCAGAAUCAUCAUCAUAGAGGCGCGAAGUUCAUCUCAAAUAGAGCCAAACUGUUUGUUGAAGAUGAAGCAGAGGUAUCUUUGGAGGUUAUGGUAUCUUCUGAUGAGGAAGAUGAGCAGGAGGACAAUUCAUACGAAGAUAGUUUUAUUGAUGAUAGAAUAAAUCCUACAGCAAAAAGUACUCAAGCAGAAGAGAGUGGUAUUGAUAUGAUGGCUGUUUACAGGCGUUCCUUGCUCAGUCAAUCACCAUUAGUAGGAGUGGCAAAUUUCUCUGAAGAUUUUACUCCUAGUUCUGAUGUUCCAAGAAAUGAAAGAGCAAGCACUUCAGGAUCAGAAAGUCAUUUGGUUCAAAAGCCUGAGAAUGGCUUAGAGUCUACCGCCAGGAAUUCAGCAUCCCUCCAUUUCAAUCUUGACAGAGUUUCCUCAGAUGCUUUGCUCUCCAGAAUUACUACUUCUCCAAAAGAACAAAAAAGCAAGAUGGAGAAUCGAAAGAGAAAAUUAUUCUGUAAAUCUGGUUUCUUACCAGUACAUAACUUAGAAAAAGAGUUUUUCAUUGGUUCUGUCGCUUCUGGACACGACUCUAUGUUGCAUGAACAAACCGACAAAAUUCAAGAAAAUAGCAAAACGUUUCUGGACAAUGACAUCACAGAAAACAGGAAUAUCUUUGAUGACGAUCAAUUCUACAAUGCCAUUGAUCUUGAUGCUAUAGAAGAACAAGCUGCCAAAUUAAUUGGAUUCAAAACGGACUACUCAAAACAGAAUCAGGUACCUAUUGCUGAACCAGUGCCAGUAAACCCUUCUCUUCUUGGUUCUCCUUCUUUUGAUCUUGGAAUUUGAUUCUUAAGGGUGGUUAGAACUUACAAGAGGAUUAUACAAGAGGUACAGGAUUUCUUUUUUGUAGAUAGAGAUCUAUAGUGAAAGUUGUAUAUAUCUUGUAUUGCAAAAUGAAAAGACACAAGUUUAUACAUGGAACCAAAUUAUUUAUGUUGUAGUGGCAAAUUGGUUGAGCAUACAAUUAGAAUCUUAAAGGCUACUUUGCUCUCAUCAUUUAC